CGCAGGCGCAGGGCUGGGCGUCGAGGCCGCGGCGUUGGUGGCGGCGGCUCAGCGCGCUCGUGGUUCCUGCCGCUCGUCAGCGGGCUGCUCUUUGGCUACCUGGAGUCUGCCAUGGCGGAGGCCAUGGACGUGGGCAAGGACCCCAACGGGCCCACCCAUUCCUCGACCUUGUUCCUGAGGGAAGACGGCAGCUCCAUGUCCUUCUACGUGCGGCCCAGCCCGGCCAAGCGCCGGCUGUCGACCCUCAUCCUGCAUGGCGGCGGCACGGUGUGCCGGGUGCAGGAGCCCGGGGCGGUGCUGCUGGCCCAGCCCGGGGAGGCGCUGGCGGAGACCUCGGGCGACUUCGUCUCCACGCAGUACAUCCUGGACUGCGUGGAGCGCAACGAGAGGCUGGAGCUGGAGGCCUAUCGACUGGGCCGGGUCGCGGCGGCCCUGACAAAGCCGGGGACUCAGGCCGUGGGCGCCACGGAGCCGGAGCCACAGCCGCCGCCGCUCACGGUACGGAUAGCUUUCACCGACGCGGACGACGUGGCUAUCUUAACCUACGUGAAGGAAAAUGCCCGCUCGCCCAGCUCCGUGACCGGCAACGCCCUGUGGAAGGCGAUGGAGAAAAGCUCGCUCACGAAGCACUCUUGGCAGUCCAUGAAGGAUCGCUACCUCAAGCACCUGCGGGGCCAGGAGCAUAAGUACCUGUUGGGGGACGCGCCAGUGAGCCCCUCCUCCCAGAAGCUGAAGCGCAAGGCGGAGCAGGACCCCGAGGCUGCGGAUAGUGGGGAACCGCAGAAUAAGAGAACUCCAGACUUGCCUGAAGAAGAAUAUGUGAAAGAAGAGAUCAAGGAGAAUGAAGCAGCAGUCAGAAAGAUGCUUGUGGAAGCCACCCGGGACUUUCAAGAAGUUGUGGUGGAAGAGAGCCCUGAUUUUGAAAUACAUAUAACAAUGUGUGAUGAUGAUCCACCCACACCUGAAGAAGACUCAGAAACACAACCUGAGGAGGAGGAGGAAGAAGAAAAAAUUUCUACACCAGAAGUGGGAGCUGCCAUAAAGAUCAUCCGCCAGUUAAUGGAGAAAUUUAACUUGGAUCUAUCAACAGUUACACAGGCCUUCCUAAAAAAUAGUGGUGAGCUGGAGGCUACUUCUUCCUUUUUAGAAUCUGGUCAGAGAGCUGAUGGAUACCCCAUUUGGUCUCGGCAAGAUGAUCUAGAUUUGCAAAAAGAUGAUGAGGGUACCAGAGAUGCAUUGAUCAAAAAAUUUGGAGCUCAGAAUGUAGCUCGGAGGAUUGAAUUUCGAAAGAAAUAAUUGCCAAGAUAAUGAAAUGGGUGACAAAGCAGUUAAAAAUUUCAUGACCAUUGAACUUCAGAGAGUCCUUGCAUUGAACUAUCACUUAUCUUCUGACCAAUACUGCUGUUGUUCCUAGAUUUUGCAGACAAGCAGAGUUGUGUAGGAGGAUAAACAUUUUUUAAAAAUGGAUAUAUCUAUAGCUGCCCCUGGCAAAUAUCAGUGUGUUUAUGAAAAGAAAAUCUAAACCAGAGAGCAGGUGGUCUACAUAGUAGCCCGGAAUAAACCUUUGCUGGGAUAGAACCUCUGAUGUGUUGGUAACAGGAGCUAGUGACGAAGGAGGAACAUUAGAAGACAUACGUCUUUUCAGGCAGCAUGAAUAAAGACCUUCCUGUACUUUAUUUAGCAGAAGCUCCUCUGGAUUAUGGCAGAUUUCAAGUCAAAAAUCUAGAACUAUGGGAAGAUUUAAUUACAAAGCCUUCAACAUGGCCUGUCCCAAACUCUUGUAUUCAUAGUGAAUUCUGAUUUCCAGACUUCUUUGAAAAUCCUUUAGUCCCUUUGUUAACUGAAUAUUUGGGGACCCUACUUUCUUGGCUUUUCUUUCAUCCCUUCUCAGUCAAAUCUCUAACAUGUAUUUCUUUGCUGUUCAGUUUUAUUUAAAACAAACACAAUACCCAAGUGUCUCAAGAACAGCUUUCAUUAAUAGUAAUGUGUUUAUUUAUUGUGCAUACGUAUGUGCUAAGGAUUGUGUUAGGGUUGAUAAUUAGUGGAUUGAUUCCACUUUGUCGUAUUGUUUUCAUUAUUGAAAAUAAACGUAACUUUGUAUCUGA